CCAGCUUCCGUCUUAUGUUUUAAAAACACUUGAGAGAGAGAGAGAGAGAGAGAUGGAUUUUGACGAGUACGAUUAUCUGGAGAAAACCGUUGAACAGAGCGCCGAAGUCCAGCGCAAGCCGGCUUCGGAGAAGAUAGACGGAAGCGAAAAGCCACACAAAAGCUAUAGGCAUCAUCAACAUCAUCAUCGCCAUCGCUACGAUGAUGAUGAAGGCAAAGGCAAUGGAUCUUUAGCUGAUAGCAGGAGCACCAAAAGGUUGAGGCCUGUGGAAGCGCACAACGGGGAAAUGAAAGAGAGGGACGAUAGGGCGAAGGAGCGACCUGCCAAGGAUCACCGCCACAGGAGCGGUAGAGAUGCAGAGAGAGAUUACGACAAGGACAGGGACCGAGGUGGAGAAAGAGAUAAGGAUAGAGAGAGGGACAGAGAGAGGGAGAGGGAGAGAUCCCGAAGAAGCAGCAGCCGCUCGAGAAGGCAUGAGAGGGAUGUCGAGAGAGAAACAGAGAGGGGAAGGAGUAGUAGAGAUAGGGAGGCAAAAGAUAGAGAUAGGGAAGCAAGAGAUAGAGAACGAGAACAUGAGAACGAGAUCAGGGACAGAGAUGUCAGGAAAUUUAAGGAGAAAAAAGAAGCCGUGGAGCCUGAAGCUGAUCCAGAAAGGGAUCAGAGAACUGUUUUUGCUUACCAGAUGCCUUUGAAGGCGACUGAGAAAGAUGUUUAUGAGUUUUUCUCAAAAGCAGGCAAGGUAAGGGAUGUGCGGUUGAUCAUGGACAGGAAUUCGCGGCGGUCAAAAGGAGUUGGGUAUAUUGAGUUUUAUGAUGCAAUGUCAGUGCCGAUGGCAAUUGCUCUUUCAGGACACCAGCUUUUUGGUCAACCUGUAAUGGUUAAACCUUCAGAGGCUGAAAAGAAUCUUGUUCAAUCUAGUGCUUCUGUUAGUGGAUCAGGUGCUCUCUCAGGGCAGGGGAUUGCUAGAAAACUCUAUGUUGGGAAUUUACACUUCAACAUGACGGAAGAUCAGCUUCGGCAGGUGUUUGAACCUUUCGGUCCUGUGGAACUUGUGCAACUACCACUUGAUCUGGAGACUGGACAGUGCAAAGGUUUUGGGUUUGUUCAAUUUGCUCAGCUUGAACAUGCAAAGGCAGCUCAAAGCUUGAAUGGGAAAUUGGAAAUUGCUGGUCGGGUCAUAAAGGUUUCAGCAGUCACAGAUCAUAUUGGGAUCCAGGACACUGGACCAAAUGCUGGUGAUUUUGAUGAUGAUGAUGGGGGUGGUUUGUCUUUAAAUGCUCGCUCCAGAGCCAUGCUCAUGCAGAAAUUGGAUCGCACCGGUGUCGCUACAAGUAUUGCAGGGUCUCUUGGGGCACCCGUGCUUAAUGGGCUAACAUCAAAUCCACAGGCUGUUGGUCUACCACUGAAUGGGCAGGUUGCAGUACCUGCUUCAGCUCUUCCAGCACUAGCUGUCACUUCCACAGCUACUGAACCUGUUGGGGAUCCGAGUGAGUGCUUACUAUUGAAGAAUAUGUUUGAUCCGAGCAGUGAGAUGGAACCAGAUUUUGAUUUGGAUAUCAAAGAGGAAGUGCAGGAAGAAUGUUCCAACUUUGGCCCAGUGAAGCAUAUCCAUGUGGACAAGAACAGUGCUGGCUACGUAUAUUUGCAGUUUGAAACUGUGGCCGCAGCGGCUAGUGCUCAGCGUGCAAUGCAUAUGAGGUGGUUCGCACGUAGGUUGAUCUCAGCCAUAUUUAUGCGGCCCCAUGAAUAUGAAGCUAAAUUUAGAGUUAGUGCCUAAACUGCAGUGUGAAUUUCUUCAAACUGGCAUUUGCUUGGUAAGUUUCAGAUCUGCUCAUUGAUUUUGUGGCAUACUUAUACACACAUCUCUACUAAAUCUACAGUGCAGUAUGUCGAAGAAUGUACGUGUGAACCCCUACCCAAUACCUUGGCAUGUGCAGUAACAAUGAGCAUGGUUUGUCGGUGGGCAUGGGCACCUCGUUGUAUUCUUCUUUUGCCUGGAAACUGGGUAUUGAUGGUUCUCAUUUAAGGUUUAGCAUUUAGCCAGGAGGGUAAUUUUGUGGACAAAACCGACAUUUUAACUUUAAGAUGGUGCUUUUGUCCAAAUAUUGAAUGUCGUGAUGACAUUACUACAUUUGUUUAGUGAAAAUAUUAAAUCUCA